AGUACAUUCUAGAAGAAGAUAAGAAAAAAUCUUAUCUCUACAGUUCAAGCCCAUGUAAUAGAAAUGUCCCAGUGCUCGAUUUCCUGAACUAUCAAUCGCAAAUCUUGAGCAGAUCGAUAACGACAAGGAAGAACAGAGUUACAUCCAGAAAGCAAGUCUCCGACACACACAGAAUGGUUUGUGUCGCAAUAUCAAAAUGUGUUUUUAUGAUCAUCAAUAUUCUUGUGUUGAUGGCAGGAAUAGGGGCAGCUGUGGUUGGUGCCCUACUGAGAUUUAUACCCAAAUCUCUUUUAGAAUUUAUUUUCAAAUAUGUGAAUAGUCUGCCCGGGGUGGCUCAAAGUGGUUAUGGAAUUCCGAAAACAGCCGAUGACUUAAUAAACCUGCCAAUGAUAUCCGAGGUUGGCUUGGCUUUCUUGGUUCUAGGCGCUCUGCUGUUCCUCAUCGGCUUCCUGGGCUUUUGUGGAUCUUGUAGCGCCUGUUGUAAGAUGUUGUUGAUUCUGUUUGCUGUUAUAAUGGUGGGUUUGAUGGCAGGUGAACUGGUUGUAGGUACCAUGUUCUUAGUGGAAGACUCACCAAUUCACGACACGAUUAAACAUGAGCUGAGGAAGAAGAUUAAAUCAGACUACAGUCUGAAUGGAACAGAUUCAUUUAGUCAAAGUUUCAAUGUCAUUCAAUUUUAUUUCGAAUGCUGUGGAGUGGAAAGACCAUCAGACAUCGGGCUAAGAUUAACUGGAUUUUGUCUAACAAAUGUGACGUUAGGAUGUUACACCAAACUAAACAACGUCAUCCAGGAUAACAUUGUGUAUGAAGGCCUUGGUUUCGCUGGUCUGCUGCUGCUGCAGCUUAUUGAAAUCAUAUUCGCAAUUGUGAUAUUCAAGAAAAACAAAGUGUCUCCAUUCUAGCUAGCACUCGGUUCCAUAAGCCCAUGUAAACAUGGAAAGCUCCUAAAAAAAAAAAAAAAGUAAACAUGGAAAGCAGAAUAUAAUAAGAUAAUACAGUAGUUGGUUUUAGUGUGUUUUUUUUUUAACUGUUAAUUAACAUGAAUAAAGUUUAUUAAUUGUUUGAUUUCAUAAUUGAUAAUUUUUUUUGUAUAUGUUUAAUAUUAGUUACCUUUAUGACUAAUGCAUGUUAUUUUGUAACGCAAUUGAUUUUUUGAUCUUUCUAUAAUUAUACAUAUAUAGGCAAAUCACAACGACCAUUUCUAUAUGGUUGAUAUUUGUCUCUGAUUGGAAUAGGAAACUGUUGUUCAUGUGAAUUGUUCAUUCGUAAAUAAAUUUGUGAACUUUUA